UGCCCCUGCUUUCUAAAGAUGGAGACAUUAUAAUAGGAGGAAUUUUUUCAUUCCAUGAUAAUCUUGUAAAUUAUAAACCAAGUUUUACAAGUAUGCCUGAACCAUUAAAAUGCAAAAAUAUAAAUUUCAGAGAGUUCCAGUUUGCUGUAGCUGCAAUCUUUGCUAUUGAAGAAAUUAACAACAGCUCGGAAAUAUUGCCUGGUGUCACAGUGGGAUACAAAAUUUAUGAUGGAUGCAGCUCCAUUCCUCUGGCAAUUAAAGCAGCAAUGGCUUUUAUUAAUGAUCCAAGUGACAGAUACUCAUCAGAAGGAGUAUGCCAAAAAUCUUCAUUAAUUUCGAUUAUAGGACCAUCUGGCUCAUCACCAAGUAUAGGUGUUGAAACUACAAUUCGACCAUUUAAUAUACCCAUGUUGAGCUACUUUGCUACUUGUGCAUGUCUAAGUAAUAGAAGAGAGUAUCCCACAUUUUUUAGGACAAUACCCAGUGAUUAUUAUCAAAGUAGAGCUCUGGUGCAGCUUGUUAAAUAUUUUGGUUGGACAUGGGUGGGAACAAUCAGAAGUGAUAAUGAUUAUGGCAACACGGGCAUGGCAACUUUUUUACAAUCAGCCCAACAGGAGGGUAUUUGCAUUGAAUAUUCUGAGGCCAUUUACAGGACUUAUCCUCGAGAGAAAUUUCUCAGAAUUGUUGAUAUAAUAAAAUCAUCCUCGUCUAAGGUAAUUGUUGCUUUUACAUCAUUCAUUGAUAUUGAAUUUCUUUUGAAAGAGCUCUUGCUUCAAAAUAUAACUGGAUUUCAGUGGGUUGGAAGUGAAGCCUGGAUUUCUACGGAAAAUUUAGCCAAACAGGAAAGCUUUCAGAUAUUUGGUGGAGCAAUUGGAUUUGCAAUCAGUAAUGCUAUGAUAACUGGUCUGAAGGAUUACUUAUUAAAAGUGAAAACCUCAGUCAUCCCAGGAAACACAGGUUUCAAUGAGUUUUGGGAAACCACUUUCAGCUGUUCAUUAAAUACGCAGAACACAUCAUCGAAUAAAGACCAGUGUACUGGGUAUGAGAAUUUAAGUGACAUAAAAAACCAGUACACUGAUGUGAAUGAACUGAGGAUUACUAAUAAUGUAUAUAAAGCUGUAUACGCUAUUGCUCAUUCAAUUCAAAACCUGUUAACAUGUAAUCAUGACAAAGGGGGAAUGACUAAUAGUAUAUGUGCCAACAAAACACAGAUCGAACCUUCACAGGUGCUGCAGUAUAUAAAAUCUGUUAAUUUCACAACAAAGAAUGGAGAACAUAUUUACUUUGAUAACUAUGGAGAUCCCAAGGCAAAAUAUGAAUUAAUUAACUGGCAGCUCAAUACUGAAGGGAAAGUUAAGUUUGUUACAAUUGGUUUAUAUGACUCAUCUUUCCCUGAUGGACAGCAAUUUAUUAUGAAUAAAACCAGCAUCAUUUGGGCCAGAAACCAAAAUAAAGUGCCUAAAUCAGUAUGCAGUGAGAGUUGUCUCCCAGGAACUCGGAAGGCAAUUCAAAAAGGCAAGCCCCUCUGCUGUUUUGACUGUGUACCAUGUGCUGAGGGGGAGAUAAGUAAUGCAACAGAUUCGCUUGAUUGUCUGAAGUGCCCUUUAGAAUUCAGAACUAAUGAACAGAGGGAUCAAUGUAUUCCAAAAGAUAUUGAAUACCUGUCAUAUGGAGAAAUCAUGGGAAUACUGUUAUUAUCACUAUCCCUGAUUGGAAGUGGUAUAUCCAUAUUUGUAGCUGUUGUUUUCUACUAUUUCAAAGAUACUCCAAUUGUCAGAGCAAACAACUCAGAGCUAAGUUUUCUUCUGUUGUUUUCAUUAACACUUUGUUUCCUAUGCUCUUUAACUUUCAUAGGUCAGCCCUCCGAAUGGUCAUGCAUGUUACGACACACUGCAUUUGGGAUUUCAUUUGUAUUAUGCAUUUCUUGCGUUCUGGGGAAAACAAUUGUGGUAUUAAUGGCAUUUAAGGCAACUUUACCUGGCAGUAAUGUCAUGAAAUGGUUUGGGCCAAGCCAACAACGGCUGAGCGUUUUUUUUUUUUACACUGUGCAAGUCUUAAUAUGCACCAUUUGGUUAAUUAUUUCUCCACCUUUUCCAUUCAAAAACAUGAAGUAUUACAAGGAAAAAAUUAUUCUAGAAUGUCAUGUGGGCUCUUCUAUCGCAUUUUAUUCUGUAUUAGGAUAUAUUGGGUUUUUGUCUGUCAUUUGCUUUGUUCUGGCUUUUCUGGCUCGAAAGCUACCAGAUAACUUUAAUGAAGCUAAAUUUAUCACUUUCAGCAUGAUAAUAUUCUGUGCAGUAUGGAUCACUUUCAUCCCAGCUUAUGUUAGUACACCUGGAAAAUACACAGUAGCUGUGGAGCUUUUUGCAAUUUUAGCUUCAAGUUUUGCCUUACUUUUGUGUAUUUUUGCUCCAAAAUGUGUUGUUAUUAUAUUAAAACCUGAGCAAAAUACAAAAAAGAAUUUGAUUGGCAAAAUGCCUUCAAAAUCCCUUUGAUUACUAAUUGUUUUUUAUGAUUUGUGCUGGAUAC